AUGUCCGACGCAGGAGACUCGCAACAAAACCCCAUCUUGAAAGUCGAAAGCAACAAAGACCUCAGAAUCACCCUCAUCGGCACCGGAACUAUCGGCCUAUCCUUCGCCGCCUUCCACCUAUCCCACCUUCUCGGCCCUUCCCAACUCACCAUCUACGACACCCGGCCAGAUGUCGACCAAUACGUCGAAGAAAACCUACCGAAAUUCUUCGCAGAAGAACCCGCCGCAGCCGCUAUCUCCAACAUUCGCAUCGCGAAAUCCCUCGAAUCAGCUGUAGAAGACGCGCACAUCAUCCAAGAAUCUGGUCCGGAGAACCUGGCCUUCAAGAAAGAGCUGUGGGCGAACGUCGAGAAACACGCACCAGAACAUUCGUUAUUCUGGAGCAGCACGUCUGGUAUUCCGGCGUCGCAGCAAGCGCAAGAUAUGCAGGAUAAGUCGAGGUUGUUGGUCGUGCAUCCGUAUAACCCGCCGCACAUCAUGCCGUUGUUGGAACUAGUGCCGUCGCCGGAUACCUCGGAGGAAGUGAUCAAACGGACGCAGGAGUUUUGGACGGGUCGUGGGAGAGUACCGAUACAUAUCAAGAAAGAGACGACUGGCUUUGUGGCGAACAGAUUGGCGUUUGCGUUGUUGCGCGAGGCUAUCCAUCUUGUAGAUGAGGGGGUUGUUUCGGUGGAGGAGCUGGAUAGUAUCGUAGAGAGUAGUAUGGGGCCGCGGUGGGCAGUCGCUGGGCCGUUUAAGAGCUAUCAUGCCGGCGGUGGACCGGCGGGGUUAGAAGGCUUCUUUAAGAAUAUUGGGGGCACGGUGCAGGAUUGUUGGCAGGACGCAGGGAAGCCGAAUGUUGGGGACGGAUGGGAAAAGAAGAUCUUCAAGCAGUCGCAGGAUGCGUAUGGUACUGUAGAUGUCGGUGAGCGCGAUAGAUUGACGCGAAGAGUAUUGGAAGUGUUGAAGGAGGAGAGAAGCAAAGGCGCACAAGCCUCAGAGAACUGA